ACUUCAAACUCAUAUGACGCCCGAAAUGUUUCGAACACCACUUCAUGAAAUUGCUUUGAGCAUCAAAUUGCUGCGGCUGGGAGGAAUUGGUCAAUUUUUGUCCAAAGCAGUAGAACCACCACCUUUGGAUGCAGUGAUUGAAGCAGAACGCACACUAAGAGAGCUUGAUGCCCUGGAUUCCAAUGAUGAGUUGACACCUCUUGGAAGAAUCCUCGCCAAACUUCCCAUUGAACCUCGUCUUGGCAAGAUGAUGAUAAUGGGUUGUAUUUUUUAUGUGGGAGAUGCUAUUUGUACCAUCUCUGCAGCCACCUGUUUCCCUGAACCUUUCAUCAAUGAAGGCAAACGCCUGGGUUAUGUCCAUAGGAAUUUUGCUGGGAACAGGUUUUCAGAUCAUGUUGCUUUGCUCUCCGUCUUCCAAGCCUGGGAUGAUGCAAGAAUGGGUGGUGAAGAAGCAGAAAAAAGAUUUUGUGAACACAAAAGACUCAGCAUGGCUACGCUUAGAAUGACUUGGGAAGCAAAAGUCCAGCUGAAAGAUAUACUUAUUAAUUGUGGCUUCCCUGAAGAAUGUUUGAUGACUCAACCACUUAACAACACUGGACCAGAUAAUAAUCUGGAUGUUGUAAUCUCCCUGCUUGCUUUUGGGGUCUACCCCAAUGUCUGCUACCACAAGGAGAAGAGGAAAAUUCUUACCACUGAGGGGCACAAUGCCCUCAUCCACAAGUCAUCUGUCAACUGCCCUUUCAACAGCCAGGAUGUCAAGUAUCCAUCACCUUUUUUUGUGUUUGGAGAAAAGAUUCGAACACGAGCCAUCUCUGCCAAAGCAAUGACCUUGGUGAGCCCGCUGCAGCUGCUUCUCUUUGCCUCCAAGAAAGCCCUGUCGGACGGGGAGCUCGUUCUGGUAGAUGACUGGAUCAAGCUGAAGAUGCCCCACAACGUGGCUGCCUGCAUCACUGCUCUGCGUGCAGCCAUGGAGGCUCUUGUUGUGGAAGUGACUAAAGAUCCUGAGAUCAUCCGGCAGCUGGACCCAGCAAAUGAGCGAAUGCUGAAUGUGAUCCGCCAGCUCUCCAGGCCGUCAGCCGCGGGCAUCAGCCUCAUGGCCGCCAACGCACGGUUCGGUGAUGGUCCUCGCCCCCCCAAAAUGCCUCGCUACGACAACGGAGGUGGCUUCAGAGGCUGGGGAGGUUACACACGUGGCUCUGGCUACAGAGGGAGAGGGUACAGUGGCUACGGCUACUCCGGCAGGCGCUCGGGAGGAAGAGGAUACCAAGGUAGCCCGGGGGGAGGCUACAGAGGUGGGGGAGGCUAUCGAGGAAGAGGAUAUCGAGGAGCAGGCGGUGGCUACAGAGGAGGCUGUGGGGAUCCAGGGAGGAACCUGAAGCAAUCUCAGACACAUGAACCGUGCCCUCCGUCCGAGGCAGUGUUCAUUUACAUUGCUACUCCAAAACUGUCUUGCUUUGCUCUGCCAAAUACAUACAUGCCUGUAGGCCACUGCCUGGAGGAAUCCAGCUUUGUCAUCAUUGUCCUUGACGCUGAGGCUGAAGCAGCGCCCAGCUG